AUAUUUAAACAAAGAAAUCAAUCAUUUUUGGAAGGACCUUCUUUCUUUCCUAAACUGACUGAAAUUCAUCUUCUCCACUUGAUCAGAAAAAUGGCGGUGAAGAACAAAUGGAUGUCAACGGCAGCCAGUAUAUGGAUCCAGUGCACCAGCGGCUCACUCUACACCUUCUCCUUCUACUCUUCAGCCCUCAAAUCCAGUCAAGGCUACAACCAAUCAACCCUGGAUACCGUCUCCGUCUUCAAAGACAUCGGCGGAAACUUCGGUGUUCUUUCCGGUCUCAUCUACACCGCCACUUUCCGACGAAGAAGAGGUGGGCCUUGGGUUGUGCUCUUGAUCGGUGCGGUUCAGUGUUUUGUGGGUUACUUUCUCAUGUGGCUCUCUGUCACCGGUGUAAUUGAUCGGCCGCCUGUGCCGGUGAUGUGUGUGUUCAUGUUGUUGACUGCUCAUGGUGUGACCUUUUUGAAUACUGCUAAUGUUGUUACUGCUGUUGUUAAUUUUACUAAUCACAGUGGCACCAUUGUUGGCAUCAUGAAGGGUUUUCUUGGCUUGAGUGGAGCUAUACUGCUUCAAGUAUAUCAAACAGUUUUCAACGCUGGACCCACUCCAUACAUUCUGAUGUUAUCGUUGCUUCCGUUUUUAAACACUUUGCUGUUCAUGUGUAGCGUAAGACCUUUCGAAACAAAUGAAGUUGAUGAAAAGAAAAAUCUCAACGGUUUAUCACUCAUUUCCAUCAUCGUUGCAGCAUAUCUCUUUUCUAUUAUAAUCAUAGAGCAAGCGGUUACUUUAACUUUACCAGUACGCAUCGUUAUCUUUUUGGUGCUUGUUAUUCUGCUAGCAUCACCUCUCUAUGUUGUAGUCAAACCACGGUCAACUCAAAACUUUGAAGAAACGGAUAUGACCCGGUUACUGAACAAUGUGUCGAGUAAUCAAGAUUUAUUGGAAAGACAUGACAAGAAUCCGCUGCAAGCGAUUUGUACGGUUAACUUCUGGUGUUUGUUUCUCACAACUUUCACUGGCAUGGGUACGGGCCUGGCCACGGUAAACAACUUAGCCCAAGUAGGCGAGUCCCUCGGUUACACCUAUUUUGAAACCAGUACUCUAGUCUCGUUAUGGAGCAUUUGGAACUUUAUGGGCCGGUUUGGUGCAGGCUAUGUGUCGGACCACUUUCUCCAUAAAAAGAAAUGGGCUCGGCCCGUGUUCAUAGCCAUCACUUUGGCACUUAUGAGUGUUGGCCAUUGUGUGAUUGCUUCUGGUAUGCCAGGAGCUCUUUAUGUGGGUUCUGUUUUGGUGGGUGUGUUUUACGGUUCACAGUGGUCGUUAAUGCCAACGAUUGCUUCUGAGGUUUUUGGUGUUUUGCAUUUUGGGACGAUAUUUAAUACCAUUACGAUUGCAGGCCCGAUUGGAUCAUAUGUUAUGUCUGUGAGGGUGAUUGGUUCUAUUUACGAUAGGGAAGCAGCUCGGGGAGGGACAGAGUACUGUACUGGAACUCACUGCUUUCGGUUAUCGUUUCUUAUUAUGGCGGUUAGUACAUUUGUAGGGUUUAUGAUUGCUAUGGGAUUGUUCAUACGGACAAGAAGGUUGUAUGAACAGAUUGUACUUAGAAGAGAUGGCAGAUGUAGCUGAAUUAAUAAGUGUUGAUUGUGUAGAAAUAAAUGAAGUGUUACUCUUUUUUGAUAUUA